AUGUUCGGAAUUGCAGAAACAACCGUGAUUACGUGUUCUGUGUUACUUCUUUUUGUUUGGCGAUUAUUAGAAGAAAGUUAUCCACCCAUAUGUGGAAUAUAUCAAAGAAAAAAUGGGCUAUAUUGGCUGAAAGUAUUAUUUAUGUAUACGGCUUUAUCACUAAGAAAGAUCGUUAACAAAGUAAGAGGUAGAGUCCACUUGAGUCUCUUGGAAUCGCAUCAAAAGCUUUCAGAAGAUGAAAAGGCUAUAGAUGCAGUCUAUCUGAAUGGUGCAAAUGGCGAUGGGGACCACUUGGUUGUUGGUUUAGCUAGAAGGAAGAAUCUUUUAGUGGACGGUUUUCUAUUGCUCAAAAUCAACAGCUCUGGACUGGGGGUUUUGGCUACACCAAAAAUGCCGAGUACUUCACUCUACAAGGAUGUAGAUGAUGAUACCUAUUCCGCAGAAGGCUUAAGAAUUACACCAAUAGAAGAUAUGAGGAAGUAUAGUUUGACGUAUGAAGGGAAAAUGAAGGCGUAUGGGACUUCAAAUGAAGAUAUUUUAUACGCUGUAAAAAUCGAUGCGAUCUGGAUCUCUGAUCUUCCAUAUUUCAAUUUUGAUACAGAUAUGGAUCCUCUUAGAUUGGCGAGUGAUAUGGCAUAUGAGCCGUGGAGUAAAUCUUAUUUUGAUACAUUGCAAAAGGUCCACCAAACGCAUUAUGAACAGUUUGGUACUUUGAGAGCUAAGGCGACUAUAGGCGGAAAAGUAUUUGACUUUAAACUUGAUACUCUCAGAGAUCACUCGUUUGGUGAGUUCAGGGAAUGGAGGACGUUCAAAAGAUAUGGAUGCCACUGGUUUACCACUGCGGAUGGAGAUCAUUUCAAUAUAUCCAAGAUUUGCUGCCCUAUCUCAUUUUCUCGGUUGACGGUGGGAUAUGUGUAUUCCAAGAAACAACGGAAACUGUACCCGGUCACAGAAUGUGACUUAGAAUUGUAUCAACAUGGUGCAUUUGGAAAUCCGCCUAAAGAUUAUGCAUUUACAGCUAAGGCAGGUGGAGAAACGUACGCAGUUCAAGUCAACGUCAAGGACACUCCACAGUUUUUCAUAAGUAAAGAUUGGGAAGCUAAAAUCCUCGAAAAUCUGUGCACCGUUACUGUGAACGGCGUCAAAGGUUGGGGUGCGGCAGAAUGGCAGUAUAGAAACAUACAAGGAAAAUGUAUACAUUAUUAGAAAAUAUAUUGUGAAUACAGUAAAAUUUUGAUACACUUGCAGAUCUUUGAGAUUCUUUGGCUCUAAUAUGAACACAAUUAGCGCGUUUUAUGGCAUACUAUCCCAUAUACCAAUACCUGAAAAAUACAGAAGUGGUCCUUGUGGUCAGCCUUUGAUUAGAAGUAUAUAUACAGGGUGACUUUGAAGUUGAGUCAUUAAUUUUCAGAUAAUGAUUGUAGAAGGAAGAUAAACCAAAAUAUGUG